UGAACCAAAUCGCCCCCUAACAUGAAUCCAUCAAGAACUGGUCGCUCAAUCGGUCGACUAAUCAAAGCUUCGAUCCAGUUUUGAAUGCCACCAAGCCUCUUCCGACGGCAAAUUUCAGCCGAUACACUUUGUUUGCCCCUUAUAAAUCGACAUAUGUUCCUCCUUUGGGAAGCCAGCAGGAGAAUUCGUCCGGUUGACAGCGGUAAGGCGUUUAUCAAGCUUCCACCACGCCCAAUUGCUGGAAACUUUGAUUGGGCCGGGUCUCUUGUCUCGACUACUGCACGAGCCCCCACCCAAUCGUUGGACGUGUGGCAUUUAUCUUAGUUCACUACUAGACCAGGAUAGUCCGCAAUAUUUCAUGUACUUCCAAUUCCUGCGAGACGCUUGCAGUCUACGAUUUGGCUUUGGAUGCGAUCUCGGCAUCGGAGCCCACAAAUCAUUUACCUUGUACAUAAUCACGUCAGUAUGGGCAAUAUCUCACGGUUGGUACCUU